AUGAGUAUGUUAAAACCAAGUGGACUUAAGGCUCCUUCGAAGACCAUCAAGCAUGGGAGUACACUGCUGAAAACACCUGCAUCUGUUGCAGCUGCUCCAGCAGAAAAAGCUUCCAGUGAAAAGACCUCAAGCUCAACCACUGCAGACGCACAUGAAGAGUUUGUGGAUGAUUUCAGAGUUGGGGAGCGUGUUUGGGUCAAUGGAAAUAAACCUGGCUUUAUUCAGUUCCUUGGCGAAACACAGUUUGCUCCAGGACAGUGGGCAGGGAUUGUUCUAGAUGAACCAAUUGGUAAGAAUGAUGGCUCUGUGGCUGGAGUUCGCUAUUUCCAGUGUGAACCCUUGAGGGGAAUAUUUACAAGACCAUCAAAAUUGACAAGAAAAGUGCUGACGGAAGAUGAAGCCAACGGUACGCAGACAGCUCAUGCUUCUAGAACUACGUCACCAACUUCCACGUCAGCUGCUAGCAUGGUGUCUUCAUCCACUGCUGCACUUCCUCCUUCAGGAAUUCCACAGAAAACUUCACCACUUGCUGCUAAGGAACAUUCAACUCCUUCUCACAUUAGCAAUCUUUCAAAAACUGCAAGUGAAUCUGUAUCAAAUCUUUCUGAAGCUGGAUCACUAAAGAAAGGAGAAAGGGAGCUCAAAAUUGGCGACCGAGUUCUGGUUGGUGGAACAAAAGCUGGAGUUGUGCGUUUCUUGGGAGAAACAGACUUUGCUAAAGGGGAAUGGUGUGGAGUAGAACUGGAUGAACCUCUGGGGAAGAAUGAUGGAGCUGUUGCUGGAACAAGGUAUUUUCAGUGUCAGCCAAAAUACGGUUUGUUUGCUCCAGUCCACAAAGUUACGAAGAUUGGAUUCCCAUCAACCACACCAGCGAAAGCAAAGACAACUGUGCGAAAAGUGGUUGCGAAUCCCACGGCGCUGAAACGUAGUCCAAGUGCAUCUUCCCUGAGCUCGCUCAGUUCUGUGGCAUCUUCAGUAAGCAGCAAGCCAAGCCGUACAGGACUAUUGACAGAAACAUCCUCCCGGUAUGCAAGAAAAAUUUCUGGUACCACAGCCCUCCAGGAGGCACUGAAGGAGAAGCAGCAACAUAUUGAACAGCUCCUGGCAGAAAGGGACCUGGAGAGGGCAGAAGUUGCAAAAGCAACCAGUCACGUAGGGGAAAUAGAGCAGGAAUUAGCACUUGUUCGCGAUGGACAUGAUCGGCAUGUACUGGAGAUGGAAGCAAAAAUGGACCAGCUACGAGCUAUGGUGGAGGCUGCUGAUAGGGAGAAAGUGGAGCUUCUCAAUCAGCUUGAAGAAGAGAAAAGGAAAGUUGAAGACCUUCAGUUCCGUGUGGAGGAAGAAUCCAUUACCAAAGGAGACCUAGAGCGAAAGAGGCAGAUUUCGGAAGACCCAGAAAAUACGCAGACCAAACUGGAGCAUGCCCGCAUUAAGGAGCUUGAACAGAGCCUGCUCUUUGAAAAGACCAAAGCUGACAAACUCCAGAGGGAGUUAGAAGACACUAGGGUGGCCACGGUAUCAGAAAAAUCUCGCAUCAUGGAACUAGAAAGAGAUCUAGCGUUGCGGGUGAAGGAAGUAGCUGAGCUUCGAGGGAGAUUAGAGUCUAGUAAACACAUUGAUGAUGUGGACACUUCUCUUUCAUUGUUACAAGAAAUAAGUUCUUUGCAAGAAAGAAUGGCAGCAGUUAGCAAAGAACAUCAGAAUGAGAUGAAUUCACUGAAAGAGAAGUUUGGAAUUAGUGAAGAAGCAUUGCAGAAAGAGAUCAAAUCACUUUCAGCUUCAAAUGAGAGAAUAGCAAAGGAAAAUGAAUCCUUGAAAACUAAGCUUGAUCACGCCAACAAGGAGAAUUCCGAUGUAAUAGAGCUGUGGAAGUCGAAGCUGGAAUCUGCAAUUGCCUCCCAUCAGCAAGCAAUGGAAGAACUAAAAGUUUCUUUCAGCAAAGGUGUAGGAGCUCAGACCGCAGAAUUUGCAGAGUUGAAGACUCAGAUUGAGAAGAUCAAAUUAGACUAUGAAAAUGAAAUGUCAAAUUUAAAACUGAAGCAGGAAAAUGAAAAAUCUCAUCAUUUAAAAGAGAUUGAAUCACUGAAAGCAAAACUGUUGGCAGUCACAGAGGAGAAAGAGCAAAACCUGGAAAGCCUGAAGACCAAACUGGAAAGUGUGGAAGAUCAGCAUCUAGUAGAAAUGGAAGACACUUUAAACAAAUUGCAGGAAGCUGAAAUAAAGGUAAAGGAGCUAGAGGUACUGCAAGCCAAGUACAGUGAACAAACCAAAGUUAUUGAUAGUCUUACACCACAGAUCAAAGCUGCUGAAGAAAAGCUUUUGGACCUUGCUGCACUUCAGAAAGCCAAUUCUGAAGGUAAAUUGGAAAUCCAGAAACUUAGCGAGCAGCUUGAGGCAGCUGAGAAACAAAUUCAGAAUUUAGAGACUGAAAAGAUUUGUGGAAGUAGCAAGGCUAGUAAUCUGGCCAAAGAACUGCAGGGCAAAGAGCAAAAGCUUCUUGACCUUGAGAAAAACUUGAGUGCAGUAAAUCAAGUUAAAGAUUCUUUGGAAAAGGAACUUCAAGUUUUGAAAGAAAAGUUUACUAGUGCAGCUGAUGAAGCAGAAAAUGUUCAACAAACUAUGCAAGAAACAAUAAAAAAACUAAACCAAAAAGAAGAGCAGUUUGCACUCAUGUCUUCAGAACUGGAACAGCUGAAGUCUAGUUUGACUGUGAUGGAGAAGAAGUUGAAGGACCGAGAAGAGAGAGAACAGCAACUGACCGAAGCUAAAGCCAAACUUGAAAAUGAUAUUGCAGAGAUCAUGAAGUCUUCAGGAGAUAGCUCUGCCCAGCUUACAAAAAUGAAUGAUGAGCUCCGGUUAAAAGAAAGGCAGUUGGAGCAAAUACAACUUGAGCUUACAAAAGCAAAUGAAAAGGCUGUUCAGCUUCAGAAAAAUGUGGAGCAGACAACAGAGAAAGCUGAGCAGAGUCAGCAAGAAACUCUCAAGAUUCAUCAAGCAGAACUGAAAAAUAUGCAGGAUCAACUAACAGACAUGAAAAAGCAAAUUGAGACAAGCCAAAAUCAGUAUAAGGAUCUUCAGGCAAAGUACGAAAAAGAAACUUCUGACAUGAUGACUAAACAUGACGCAGAUAUCAAAGGGUUUAAGCAGAACUUGCUGGAUGCAGAAGAGGCACUGAAAAUUGCACAGAAGAAAAACGAUGAGUUAGAAACACAGGCUGAGGAGCUGAAAAAGCAAGCAGAACAGGCCAAAUCCUUAAGUUCUGUGUUAGCAUCAGCCAGAAAAGAGAUUGAACUAAUGUCAGACAAGAUGAGGGGUUUGAUAUCAGAAAAAGAGACUCUGGCACUGGAGGGGAAUACUUUAAAAUUAGAGAGAGGUUCCUUGUUAUCAAAACUUCUAGAACUGGAAUCAAAGAUUUCGUUAAUGCAACAAGACCAAGAAGAACUUUGGACAAUAAAUGAAGAACUUAAUUCAGAAAAUAAAAAAAUCAUGAAGCAGAAGGAAGAAGCUGAGGCCAAAAGCCAGCAGGAAAAGACGGCACGGGCAGAACUUCUGAAGAUAACUCAGGAAAAUGAUGCUCUCCGGUCUUCAGAGUCGACCUUGCUCCAACAGUUGAAAGAACUUCAGGCCAACAAAGAUGCCAUGGAUAUGGUAUGUCAGAAACGUAUCAAAGAAUGGGAAGAACUGGAGCAUUAUCAGAAGAAACUUUUGGAAGAGAAAGAUGCAGUUGUUAAAGACAAAGAUGAUGUUAUUCAGAAGCUGGAAAGCUCUUGUGAGGCCCUGGUGAGAGAUCAAAGAGAGCUACUGCACAAAGUGUCAACUCUGACUGCAGAGAGAGAUUCAGCCCUAGGUGAACACUCAGAUCUUAAAAAUACACAUACAGCCUUAAAAAAUGAACUGGACGGUCUAUUGCAGACAAGUCGGAAUCUGCAGUGCGAGAAGGAGAUGCUCCUUAAAAGCAUAGAAGAGCUGCGUGUGAGUUUAGACAACACGGUUAGUGAAAACCAAGCAUUAAAAGUGAGAACGGAAGAGAUGCAAACAGAACUUGAGACUGAACGUAAAGAACUUAAAAAAGUGAUGAAAGACAAUAUGGAGUUGAAGGAUUCCCUUGCUAAUCUCUCUCGUCUUCUCGAGGAAAUUAAAGCCUCAAGAGAGAUAUCAAAUUCUGAAUGUAUUCAGUUACUUCAAGAGAAAGAGGCUCUUUCUUCAUCAGAACAAAGGCUUUUGGCUGAGAGGGAGGAAAUUUUAAAUGAAAAUAAGGCAAUUGCUGAAAAGCAUGCUAAAGCCACAGCAGAUGCCAUACUUGCGGAGAAAGUCUUUACUGAGAAAAUAGAUGAACUGAACUUAGAAAAGGAAUCUGUUUUUUGUAAGUUGUUGCAAUUGGAAAAGGACAAUGAAGCUCUCCUUCAAGAGAAGAAUGAAUUGGAGAACAAAUACUCAGAGCUUCGUGAUGAAAACAAGUCUUCUGCAAAUGUGAUUUCUGAUAUGAAGAGAGAACAUGAACUGGAUGUCUCAGCCAAGAGAGCUCUGGCCCAAGAGAAUACCAUGCUCCAAGAUUCCAUUGAAGCCCUCAAGGAAGAACUAAGUAAGAAGACUUUAGAAAAUCAAGAGCUAAUAGCCUGUAAAUGUGACCUUUCAGAUCUUCUGAAAGAGGCCCAGGAUGCCAGAAGGACAUUAGAAAAAGAACUGGCUGCCGUAUCACACGCCAAGGAGGUCUUGUCAUCUUCAUUCAAGACCUGUUCCUCUGAUAGGGAAAUGCUGACCAGAGAGAGGACUGAAUUGCAAGAUAAGUGUCAGAAAUUAAAUGGAGAGGUUGAGAUUAUGAAAAAAGACUUAACCGUAGAAAAGGAAGCUAGAAAACUGGACAAGGAAUCAUUUUUGUUGGAACAUGUGGAACUUCAAAGCAACAUCAGCUUCUUAGAGAAGGAGAUAGAAGAGCUGAAAGAGAAAAAUAAAGAACUGCUGACUGAGAAAGAACUUCUCGUUCAGGAGAAAGAAAAAUCUGAAACUAAACUGGUGGAAACAAUUAAAGAAAAAGAAACCCUCUGUGCAGAGACAGAGCAGCUCGCUUCCAGUAUCGAACGACUGAAGAGUGACUUUAUUUCCUUGUCUAAAUCAAAAGCAGAGCUCCAGGAUUUUCACAGCUGUGUCUCCGAGAGGCUAGAUGAUCUUCGACACAGGCAUGAGGUGAUGGAGAAGGAGAGAAUACAGUUGCUUCAGGAAAAUGGCAGCUUGCUUGCUGAAUGGAAGAGUCUGGCCAUCGUUAAGGAAGAAAUACUAAAAGAGAAAGAGAGAUUCUCCAAGGACUAUGACAAACUGCACGAGGAAGUAGCACUUUUAGAACAAACGAAUAGUGACCUCUCAGGCAAAUUGCUGGUGUCUCAGGGCAAAAAUCAGAUGCUGCAGGAGGAGAUGAACAAUCUGGCUUUGAAACUAAAAGAAAUUGAGACUCUCCAGGCCCAAACAGUAGCACAAAAAAUUGAGGCUGCCAAAAUGGCAGAAGACGUUUUCCAGACUGUGGAGAAGGUGACCAAAGAGAAGGAUGCCAUUCACAAAGAAAAGAUUGAAACUUUGGCCUCUUUGGAGAACUCUAGACAGACAAACGAGAAGCUACAGAAUGAA